GUCGCCGACCGGUCGUGUUUUUGUGUGUGAUUCAUAUUAUUACGAAAAUGCUCAAAGUACUUAGGGGAACGCGGAGAUUAUGCGUCCAAUGCCGACACAACAGCCACGCUACUGUCAUCGGCACUGAGCCGAACAGAAGUGACCCUUAUUACCAAGAGAAUAGACUCAAAAUGGAUGAGCUCGUUGAUGAACUUCGCUUGAAAACCAGUGAAGUCCUCAAAGGAGGUCCAGAAGAAUCAGUUAAGAGGCACAUAGCGCGAGGAAAAUUGCUGGUAAGAGAGAGGAUUAACCGGUUAGUGGAUGAGGGGAGCGACGUUUUGGAGCUGAGCACAUUGGCUGCGACUGACAUGUACAAAGGCCAAGUGCCGUGUGCCGGCAUUGUUACUGCUAUUGGUAAAGUUCACGGCCACGACUGCAUGAUCAUUGCGAAUGAUGCGACUGUCAAAGGAGGAACUUAUUUUCCUGUGACUGUAAAGAAACAUUUGCGAGCGCAGUCCAUUGCACAAGAAUGUCGGCUUCCUUGCAUUUAUCUUGUUGAUUCCGGUGGUGCUCACUUGCCAGAUCAAGCAGACGUAUUUCCCGACAGAGAUCACUUUGGAAGGUCAUUUUAUAAUCAAGCCAAUAUGUCAUCCGAAGGAAUUCCACAAAUAUCAGUCGUGAUGGGAUCAUGCACAGCAGGCGGAGCUUAUGUCCCUAGUAUGUCUGAUGAGAGUAUUAUCAUUAAGAACCAAGGAACUAUUUUUUUGGCUGGACCACCACUAGUGAAAGCAGCUACUGGGGAAUCAGUAUCUGCGGAAGAUUUGGGAGGGGCAGACUUACAUUGUCGACAGUCUGGUGUUACAGAUCAUUGUGCUAUAGAUGACGAACAUGCGUUACAUUUAGCUAGGAACAUUGUAGCUAAUUUAAAUUGGAAUAACGAACAGAAAGCUAGAAUUUAUGCUGCAAAAGUAGAAGAACCAGUACACAAUAUUGACGAUUUACACGGUAUAGUAGGGGCAAAUAUACAGAGACCUUUUGACAUUCGUGAAGUUAUUGCUAGAGUAGUUGAUGGUAGUAGAUUCCAUGAAUUCAAACAAUUAUACGGCGAGACUUUAAUAUGUGGCUUUGCAUCUCUUUAUGGCCAUCCCAUAGGAAUAAUAGGAAAUAAUGGUGUAUUAGAAUCUGAAGCGGCGUUAAAGGGAUCUCAUUUCAUUCAACUCUGUGCAGCUCGUAAAAUACCUUUAUUAUUCCUUCAAAAUAUCACCGGUUUCAUGGUGGGAAAAGACGCAGAGGCUGGUGGUAUUGCAAAAAAUGGUGCUAAAAUGGUAACAGCAGUUAGUUGUUUCAAAGGACCUAAAAUAACUGUUGUGGUAGGUGGUAGUUUCGGUGCUGGAAACUAUGGUAUGUGUGGACGAUCUUUUUCUCCGAACUUUAUGUACAUGUGGCCAAAUGCUAGAAUAUCAGUAAUGGGUGGUCCUCAAGCCGCUACUGUGUUAUCUUUAAUUGCUAAAGAGAAAGCGAUUAGAGAGGGUAAGGCAUGGACUGAUGAAAACGAGAAGAAAGUGAGAACUCCUAUAGAAACUCAAUUUGAGAAAGAAGGUAUACCGUACUAUAGUACAGCAAGAAUUUGGGAUGAUGGAAUUAUAGCUCCAAGAGAUACCAGAAGAGUCAUAGGUCUUAGUUUAUCAGCUGCCUUGAAUGCUCCAUUUAGGGACAGUAAAUUCGGUGUCUUUAGAAUGUGAUUUAAUUGAAACAAUAAUGAACAAUUUCGUAUAUAUGUUUACAUUUGUGAUAAAUACAUACAAGAGUUAUAUUAUCGUCAUAUCUUAUCGUGAGCAGAUGGGACUGUUGUUUGCUGUUGUUAAUGGCAAUUAGAGUUAUAGCGUGACGACAUUAAGUGUUGAUAUAUCGAAAUAAAAAUGCUGCCUACAAUCAUGAAAUACACAUUAAUGAACCAUGACGCAUAUAUUAAAAAUUUUAAGAGUUUAUAAUGCAUAAUAUAUGUAGAUGUAUAAAUUAGUUUAUAUUCUAUUUAUUUGGAAGAAUAAACAAUAGUUAAAAUUCAAUUUUAAAUUUUUUUUUAAAAAUACUUGGCAUUGGAAUUACCUGUCAAACGAUUUUGGACGGUUUUAUGUGUAACUGACAUAUAUAUAGAUAUAUAAGAUAUAUACACAUAUCUUAUGUAUGUAUAUGUUAUAUAUCUUAGUUCAGUUGAUAGCAUUUACUCCAUGUUAUAUGAUACUAAAUAAGUACAUAUAUCACAAUUGGAAGUUGAUGUGAUU